AUGGAGUCAAGCUCUGAGACCACCAGGUAAUGUUUGUUUAUAUUAAUUUAAUAUUUUCAUUAUUAACUCGGUCUUUUAGUGGAGCUCAGGUUGGAUGAGACCUAUGUUAGUGGAUUUGUUUUAACAUAGUUUGGAGCAACUAAGGCUUCACCAGCAGGGCUCUGAUCUGGUCUAAAAGCAACUCUGCACUCCGUUUCUCUGCAGCAGUCAAAGCUUGAUCUCGGUCAAACAUUAGGAUCACAGUGGCUGUUUCAGUCUUUUGUCCAACGAGGAUAACAGAGAGGUCGAGCAGAAGAUCUGAGUCUUCAGCUUUUUCUUCAAGAUAUAUAGGGACUAUGUAGAUCUGAUAGUUUAGGAAUCGAUUCCACCACCAGAGGGCAGCAGAGAAAACUAGUCUGGAUACUGACUGAGGGUUUUGUUGUGAUGGGAGAAGCCAGUGUAGAAAAGCUGAUACAGGAGAGAUGAGCUCUCCUCUCCUGGUUCUGGUACUGACUCGGAUGUGUCUGUGUGUGUGUGGUUCCUCUGACAGGGUGAAGAUGGUCUCCAGGUUCCUGCUGCUCAUGGCUCUGAGCGUCUGUGUCUCUGGUUGGUUUCCACCUUCACUUUCUUCUCCACAAAGAGAAAAGAGGAGAUCCACUUUGAGACUGACUGAAACACUUGAACACUUCCAUUAGAAAAGAUGUUGAAAGACUCACAUGUUCCUGUGUUUCUCUGCUCCUCUCUUUCCCUCUCUGUCUCCUCUACAGGAACCUUUGAAGUCAAAGUGGCUCACAGAUUGUAUCAGGCAGCAGAGGACCAGGACCUCACCCUGGAGUGGACCUUCACCAUCAAACCUGACAGCUCUCUGCAGACUCUGAACAUUUUCUGCACUAUGAUCAACGAUCGGAAAGAAUCAGUCCUGCUUGAGGUUCAUAAAGGUGUGGAGGUCCCAGAGAAGGAGGGAGACUUUGUUGGACGAGUCCAGUGUUACAAAGAGGUCCUUAAAAAUGGACGGAUCAGACUUCAUGUGUCCUCACUCAGGGCUGAAGACUCAGGCGUGUAUCAGUGUGAAGUUGAGACAGAGUAUGGGAGCAGCUUGGACAGAUGUCAUGUCAAAGUGAUCAGUGAGUCGAUUAAUUUCUCAGCAGAACUUUAAAAAGACGUUCAGUUCAGUUUCUGUUUGUUUUUGGAUCCAGAAGAAUCUGAGAUUAAAGUAUCAUUGAGGUUUUUAUGGACCUGUUCCUGUUGAUCUCUUGUUUGUUUAUUCUUCUCCUGAAUGACUCUCACCUGUUGGUUUCUCUACAGAAAAGAUUGAUCCCUUACCGCUGAUACUGUCUGCAGCAGUAAUAAUAGGUUUGUUCGUUGGUUUAUACUUUGAUCUUAAACGACGUGCCGACCACUCCGCCUGGAACUGA